AAAAGUCCUGCCUAUAGGCAAACGAGGGUUAGCAGCAUUCCUUUAGCAAACAGGAAGCUUUGCCCUAGAAACAGGAAGCUUUUCGCUUCCGCUUUCGCUGCUCUCCUUUCUUGCCAAGCUCUCGGCACCAUGACGCUUGGGGAGGCUUACCUUAAGGACAUCCUCCGUCCCCCGCCCACCGGGUUUAUGCCCGAGAACGUGGCGCAUCCCUACCAGAAGAGCUUCUACACCUAUGCUACCAAGAAGCUGUUCCCUCGCCACUGGUUCCUGCUGGCUGGUUUUACGUUCACGAUAACUCUCUACGGGACGCUCGACAGCCUGCGUGAUGCCGGCAAGAAGAAGGCCUACGAUGAGGCGGUGCUGGCGGGCAAGCAGCCGUUCACCGCUGGUGGGCACUAAGAUGGAAUGGCGAGCCCCAGUAGCAGGAGCGGCCGUGGAGCUUCGUGGGCGCGGGGGUGCAGGGUAGCGGAACGCAUGGCAGCGAUACGAGGCUGCCACUGGCUUAUAUGGCGGUAGACGUAUGUCAGCCUGUCCUGGCGGGCGGGGAGAGUGCCAGGGACAUCAGAUGUGUGUGCCGCCUGCAAGGACGGCCACGCUGUUAGCGGCGUCUAUGCGGCGGGGGACACUUCCAGUGAGUGUUGGUGGGACAGAGUAGCGUAGAUGCAAGGGAUGUUGUCUCAAGAUGGGAAGAUGUGGUGCCGCAGAUGGUGUUAGUCAGGGGCGCAAGGGCGCAAGAGAUUGCAUUGGUUACAAGAGGGACCUGCUGACGCUCCUCCAAGAGUGCGUCUUGGCACUGUAAUCUUGUUGAUUU